UUAGGUAGGAGGUUCGGGGUGACUUUGGACGUCCGUUCAUCCUAGGUGUAAGUACUACUUACCCCUGGGCCUUGCAGAUUUGAUCUUUUCUGCUCCUGUAGCCGAGGCCGCUCCCGCAGCUAUGUUACGCCGGAUCCUCGGUCAGGCCAAGAAGCAUCCGAGCUUGAUCCCGCUCUUCAUAUUUAUUGGAGCGGGAGGCACUGGAGCAGCAAUGUAUGUCAUGCGCCUGGCAUUGUUCAAUCCAGAUGUCAGUUGGGAUAGGAAGAAUAACCCAGAACCCUGGAACAAACUGGGUCCCAAUGAUCAGUACAAGUUCUACUCAGUGAAUGUAGAUUACAGCAAACUGAAGAAAGAAGGUCCAGACUUCUAAAUGAAACGUUUCACUAUAAAGCUGCUUAGAAUGAAGGUCUUCCAGAAGCCAUCCGCACAAUUGCCCACUUAUCCAGGAAAUAUUUCCCCUCUAAAUGCACGAAAUCAUGUUGAUGUAUUGUGUUGGGGUUUACACUGACUAAUAAAUAUCUGAAACUUGA